ACGAUCUCUCGAGAGAGAACCCUGACCUUCUCUCUCCCUUUCUCGUCACCAAUGAACAGAGCAAGGAAGCUGGUGGCCUCAAUCUCCACCCUUUCAACAAGACGAAGAACCUAUUCUCCUUCUUCUUCUACUUUCCGUACGAUUUCGAUAAUAAACUCACAAACCCACCACUCGAGUCGCCGCGAAUCAUUUCAACCUUCUUCUUCAGCUAAACCCUUGUGCCUCCGAUUUUCCGGGAGAGAGUUUUCCUCGGGAUCUUCCGACACGACAAGCUCCUCCGUGUGCUGGAACUGUGGCUCCUCGUCCGAAAAAGCUGCCUUUUUGUUCUGUGACUCGUGCCGCAGCAUUCAACCCAUCGAUGAUUCCGUCGAUUACUUUCAGAUAUUUGACCUGGAGAAGAAGUAUGAGUUAGAUGCUGGAAGCCUUGAAGGCAAGUACAAAGACUGGCAAAAGAAGCUUCAUCCUGACUUAGUUCACAACAAGUCUCAGAAAGAAAGAGAUUACGCAGCGGACCAGUCUGCGAAGGUGACUGAAGCGUACCGGACGUUAACCAAGCGGCUCUCGAGAGCGAUGUAUAUCAUGAAGCUGAAUGGUAAAAAUGUCAAUGAAGAAGAAACAAUAACAGAUCCAACCUUGUUAAUGGAGAUUAUGGAACUCAGAGAGACCAUAUCAGAAGCAAAUGAUUCAAAAGAGUUGGACCAGAUCCGAUCUCAGGUACAAGAGAAACUGAAGCAAUGGUCUGACUCUUUUGUCGAAGCCUUUGAAAGCCACAGGUUUGAUGAAGCUGUAAAAUGUAUCCAGAGAAUGACUUAUUACGAGCGAGCUUGUGAAGAGAUUGUCAAGAAGCUAUGAGGAGGACAGUACUCCUCCCUAAAGAUAAAAACCAUUUUUUUGUUCGUUUUUAAAAGCAGUACCCUUUGAAAGGAAACACGUCAUGAUAAAAGUAUCUUAGCUUCAUGUUACUUAUAUAGAACUGAAGACUUUGUAAUAAGAGCAUUCACGGAUUCGUUAUUAAGAAUAACAAAAAAUUGCUUUGCUC